AUGGCAAAGUGGUACACUGCCGCAGUUGCGGUGUUUCUCCUAGGGGUGCGCGCGGCGGCUCAGGAGAGUGGCUACGAUCGGAAAGCUCUGCAGGUUUGUAUGCGGGUGACUCUGCAAGAAUGCCAGGUUUUCACCCGUCAUCAGCGUCUGACCGAGUACCGUCAAGUGCACCGGAAGACCACUGACGGGAGGCUGUGCGCGGCCGCCUUUGUCCAAGACAAUGUCACGUACACUGACUGUACUAAUAGCAAGGCGCCCGAUGGCACCAUAGGUCGGCCAUGGUGUUACGUUGAAGUUCAACUUCUCGGGAAGGGCAGCAGAGACUGGGACUAUUGUCAAGAUGUAGUUGACUACGACGCUGUGCGUACGAAUGCUAGAAGUUUAUUCCACCGGAAAGCAGUGGAGUUGGCGUCAGCAGCAGAACAGAUGGAUACACAAGUCCAGCGACUGAAGGACACUUCGCAUAGACACCGCGAGGUCUGCACGUCGUCCGACAUUGUCGCGGGUCGCUCGCGAGAAGCUGAAGAUAUCCUCCGGGGCGCACAACACUCCGUGUCGCAGCUUCAAGCAGGCGCAUCAAAAAUACAUGAGCUUCAACAGACUAUAAUGUCGGUGAAACAAGCAAUUGAUAGAGAUUACGAGAAUGCUGUAAACAGCAAACUGAAUUGCGAAGCUGUCAGGGGCUACGAAGACAAGCCGCAUGCGGACGGUCUGCGCGCAAGCUUCUACAACAACGCUAGUUUCCGCGGACCCCCAGUUGCAUACGCGGACUACACAGUCUUAGACGCAUUGUGGGAGUCUUCUUCGCCUAUGGAAGGAGUGACUUUCCAGGACUUCUCCAUUCGAUGGGACGGCUAUAUCAUGGCCCCGACGUCCGGAAAGUUUGAGUUCGUUACUCGCGCGGACUGUGGAGUUCGUGUGUUUCUCGAUGGGUCACCCAUCAUCGUUGAUCGAAUGCCAACCCCCGCUGAAGGCGCUGCAUUUUCCGACAGUCCCGUUCGACUUCUCGAGCCAACAGAAGACUCAAGUCUCAAGAAGACGUAUUCACCCCCUCAACAACUCAGAGGUGGGCACCUCUACCAGCUGCGCGUGGAGUAUUUCCACCUUAGCGCCCUGAAAUUCGGCGACGCUGACAAGGCAAUUAUAUCUUUAGCAUGGAGGUCAAACGCCACCCCCGAGCAACCGAUUUCCCCCGAUUACUUCUUCAAAGGCGCCUCCUCCCCACCACUAAGGAUCAGUGGCCUCCCAGGGAGCACAUUCGACAUGUCAAUGUUGAAAGACGGGGUUCUAGCAUUCAUUGAUUCUACGGAGUAUGUAAUCGCGGAUGUUCCACCGAAAUACGAGGGAUCCAAGCUGAUUCGAACUCGGACGAAUCCAAGCUGGAGCGACGUCCACCUCGAAAUAUCUGGGGAUGCGAAUGUCUACGUUGCUGUUCCUCGUGGCGGAGCUCGGCCUUUUCAAAAGUCUGCUGAAAAUCUUCGGCCUUUGCGCUUCGAUAGAACCGGGGACAGUUUCUCUGUCUACCUCGUCGAACGUGAAACGGACAUGGCCAGCCAGCAGGUCCCAUUUGACAUUUAUGGCGGACGAGUACUCGCCGGUGUUACCGGCUUUUCGGUUGCGCCAGGAACGUCGUAUUUUAUCUUCGUAGCUCCGACGCGGAAGGGAGAACAGUCAUGCGAGGAGGAACUCACGCUUGUUUCACUCACAGAUUCUGAGUUCUUUAGCUCGUGCACUUCAUCAUCUUACGCGUCGACUGCCUACGAUUGCAACGCUGGCUUGUCGGGCAAAAACCUCGAUCUGCCGUUCGGAGCUUGGAGGACGUCUUCGGGACGAGGGAUUGGUCAAUACAUAAUGGUUUCCUUUAGUAAACCUAUUGAACUGGCCGCCUUCCAAUUCAAGACGCUAGAAGAUCCCAGGUCUUGGCCAACAGAAAUUUCGAUCGAAUAUCCAGGCUCACGCGACACCCAGAAAAUCACAGUUAUCCCCGGCGACCACACUUACCAACUGACUCCCCGAGUCACUGAAGGCGUUAAAGCAACAAUCACGGGCAUGAGAGAUCCUCUUGCAUCCUCUGCAACAGGGGGCUCAUUCGCUUUCAUCGGCUCACCCUGCGUACAGAAGGAAGAAGUGGAGAGUACAGGAGUAAAAGAUUCGAUUUCGAUCGUCUUUGGGGGGGGAUCGUCUGGCAUCGUCCGUCCUGGCUACAGCCUCGACGAUGGUUCUCCGAAAGCAGCUCACGGCAGCUUCUACUACGGCUGGGACCACCAAGCUCCCGUAGUAAAUCCAAGACUUUGCGGAUCUGGGGCCGGGGGCGGCGGAGUUUCGUUUUCGGAGCCGAAUUGUUCAGAGGCAGAUAAGUGCAACAGCCUCGUCGACUGUGAGUACCCCAAUUCGUGGUCCAUCGAUAUGCCCUCCUACGGCGCAUUCCGCGUGACGGUUGAAGUGGGAUCCCCAUGUGGGGAUGCUAUAGCGAAUAGCCUUUACAUCAAUGGCACUCCGUUCAUUCUGAACGAGAUACUUCGCCCAGGGCAGUAUAGCACGCCGUUCACGGCGACACAACACUUUAAUACUUGA